AGGUUAGGUUUUAUCAUCAUUGUGUGUGUGUGUAUGUGUGUGUGUGUGUGUUCUGGUCUGUUGGUCUCUGGUGAUAUCGUCCAGUCCACACUGACCGUGUGAGGAGCAGCAGGUUCUCCUGAUGGCUCUGAGUGUGUGUGUGCGUCCACUGCUCUCCUCAAACCGACUCCUCUCACUGGUUCAAACUUUGGGCUUCAGGAACCUUCUGAGAUGUUUCAGCAGCAACCAGGAGCUCCAGAAGAGCAGUCCUCCAGGCUCUAAGGUGCAGUUACACUUUGUGAAUCAGAGCGGGAUUAAGACGAGCGUGACGGCGGCGGUGGGAGAAUCUCUGCUCGACAUCGUCGUGAAUAAAAACCUGCAGAUCGACGGUUUCGGUGCGUGUGAGGGAACUUUGGCAUGUUCUACGUGUCACCUGAUCUUCGAUGACUCCGUGUACGAGCGCUUGGAGCCGAUGGCCGAUGAGGAGAUGGACAUGCUCGAUCUGGCUUACGGACUCACCAAGAAAUCCCGGCUGGGCUGUCAGGUGAUGGUGGAGCCCUGGAUGGAUGGUAUGACAGUGUGUGUACCACAAGAGAUCAAAGAUCAACGAGUGAGUCAGGAGGCAAAGAACCAGCAGUAACACACACACACACACACACACACACACACUGUAACACACACAUUGCAACACACACACACACAAACACACUGUGACACACAUUGUAACACACACACUGUAACACACUGUAACACACGCUUUUACAUUGUAACACACACACUGCAACACACACACACAAACACACUGUGACACAUUGUAACACACACAUUGUAACACACUAUAAUAUUGUAACACACACUGAUACAUUGUAACACACACUGUAACAAACACUGUUACACACUAUUAUACACUGUAACACCGAGUGUUUUAUUAAAAGCAUCUUUAUUUGUAACAUUAACACAAAUAAAAUGAUACAACACAGACAUGUGUACUUCAUCAUCAUUAUACAAUUACAAUAAACACACACACACACA